AUGGCGGAACACCCCGAGAGAGACCAGUUCACGGACGAGGAGGAAGAUGACUUCCUGGAGGACGGCGAGCAAGGCAUUGGAAGCGAGGACGAGGAUGAAGGAGGGGAAGGAGCGGGGGGCAAGAGGAAGCGGCUGGGGAAUAGCCUGGGCGGGAUCGGCAAGCGUGGGGUGUGCUACCUCAGCCGCGUCCCGCCGCACAUGAACCCGUCGCACAUCCGCCAGAUGCUCUCCAAGUACGGCGAGGUGCUCAGGAUUUACCUCGUGCCUGAAGGUCAAGGUCAUCGGAAGCAUACUACUGUUAAAGCGAAGGCUUACGCCGAAGGGUGGAUUGAAUUUGCGAAGAAGAGUGUUGCCAAGAGAGUGGCUAAUCUGCUUAAUGGUGAACAAAUAGGCGGGAAGAAGAGAUCUCCAUUUUAUUAUGACAUUUGGAACAUUAAAUACCUCAGGAAGUUCAAAUGGGAUGAUCUGGUUGGUGAAAUGGCUGAGAAAACUCACAUCAGAGAGCAGAAGUUAACCUUGGAGAUAGCAGCAGCAAAGAAACAACGUGAUCACUACCUGUCCAAUGUUGAAAAGUCUCGCGCAUUGAAGCACAUUCAAGAGCGCAUGAAAAAGAAGCAGAAGACAGAAGGAGCAGGAGCCAGUAAUGCCCCAGAAACAAAAACUGCUCGUCCAAUUCCUCAAAAGAAACCAGUCGGGGAGACUGAUGCCAAAACUAAAUCUACGCUUUCAAAAGACAUUUUAGCUGGUAUGAAGUCGCGUUUUUUUGUUGUGGCCAGUUUAGUGACACUCCCUAGGGCAUUUUAUACCUCCACCGCAUCCAUCUUAAUCAUGGGUGUUUUAUUCUUUCUUGCGUCCCGACGAUCAUGCCACCGCCCACCGGCGCAAACGAGGAUAAACAGAUUUAAUGAUAGACGUUCUAUGUUUUCUUGCGUCCUCGACGAUCAUGCCACCGGUGCAACCACCUGCCACUGGUGCAACCACCGUGCGAAUGAGGAUAAACAGAUGGCCAAUCAAGAUUUGGACCAUUAUUUACCAAUGUCGCGCCUUGAAACCCAAUCCAGAUAUACUUUGAGCCACAAUCCAUCGAUGUACACAGACCUUACAUGA